UAACCUCUCCUAGCUUGUGCGACUGCUUGACUCCAGUUGUUUAGGCUUUCUUUAGCUCCGUCCUCUCUCUCCUCACACACUCGAUCCAACGCGUGAGCACACCAUACCGCCCACAUUCUCAUUCGCGGCUCAGUUUCAGAGAGGACAGUCAGACCACCACACUUGCAGGAGACCAAAGACUAUUAUAACACUAGGCUAGGACGCGCGAACGAACUCUCCUGCAUAUUAAGUUCAAAUGGCAGUUGUUACACAAAAAUGAUUGAUACUAGAAGAAACACUCUAAUCGACCAAAUCGAAUUACAGAGAAUUGGAACUGAGAGGGCGCUUGGGCGUCUGGAGUCCAUCAGUUCCACUAUAAUGGAUACGCACGGGAACCAAAACGUGAGGCGACUCUCGGAAUGAACUACACAAACUUGCAAGGACAAGUGGCCAACGUCAAACCUCAUUAUCAGCCCAGCGCGCAAUCCUUGCGGCUCAUCAUUCUGCUGAUCCUAGUCAUGGGGGUGGCCCCAUCCCCAGCUCUGACAGCGGGAUGCCCGGCACGAUGCGUAUGCGAUGACCAGCUGGUGGUCCAGUGCGCCGGGCAGCACCUCACAGCCUUCCCCACUGACUUGCCGCUGGCCACGCGGCAGCUCAUCAUCUCCAACAAUCGCAUCGUGGAGCUGCCGCCGUUGCAGCUCAACUACCUGUCGGACUUGGUGUACUUGGACUGUAGCAACAAUUCCUUGACGGAGAUUUCUAUGUCCACAUUCGGGAACCUGGGGAAGCUUGCUUACCUGGACUUGUCCUUCAACACCUUAACGCGGAUAGAGGACAGGACGUUCGGGCCGCUCUCCAGCCUCGUGAUGCUGAGAAUGACGGACAACCCCGGCCUGUUGGAUAUUCACCCGGACGCUUUCGCAAAGAACUCGGCGCUGCAGGUGCUGGACGUGAGCCGGAACAACCUGACGGUGCUCAACAUCAGUUCUCUCAUCGCGCUGCCCACCCUGCGCUCGGUCGGCCUCAGCGGGAAUUCCUGGAGCUGCGACUGCGAUAACGAGGACCUCUGUCUCUGGGUUCACAUCGAGGCAUUCAAGUUUCAAGAUGAGGGCCAGACGGUGUGCCGAGGUCCUCCUGACCUGCAGGGGCAGCGUCUGGGUGAGCUGGGGCUGCAGCUGCGGUCGCGGUGCCACCAGGGCCUGGGUUCCUGGGACUACCUGUUCUUCCUCGCCAUCGGCUUCGUCAUCUUCGCAGCCGGAACGGUGUCAGCGUGGGCCAUCGGCGUGGUCAUGGUACUGUACGAACGCUAUGUCAAGAAGAAGAGCGAGCAGAUGGACCCCGAUGACGAGGUUGAGCAGGACACAGGACCUGGCACGGGGGGCGGAGGUGGUCACCAUGCCAACCCACGAGGUAAUGGGAAUUUGAAAAACACUGGUCACAUGGUGGUAUGA